GGCCUCGGGGGCGGCGGCCGCGGGAGCGACCCAGAGAGCUGCUUACCCCCGGCGGGGCCGCGGCGCGGACAGCGAGACCCGGAGCAAACUUUCCGGUGGCUUCGGCCCCGGAGGCAGGCUGGCCGCGGCGACUGCGGCAGCGGGCCCGGUUCACCGGCAGCUGCCCCUCCCGGGAGCAAGUGCCUUCGGCCGGGAGUGCCCGGAGCCCCAGCUGCAAGCGGUGGGGUAGUAACAUCUUUUUUGGGAAAGGAGAAUUGGCUUCCUUUCGUGCAAGUUGUGGAUGUACAACAGAGAGCUGAAUAAGAACAAUGGUAUCAGAUGGCUGCCUUCUAUAUUUUGCGUUAAGAAACAAAAUCAGGUGUAAGAGUCCAUGUUGAUCUUGGAACUAGAAGGAUUAAAAAAGGUUCAGCUUUCACAAAGAACAAGAACUUUACCAUCUCCUUUUUGAUCUGAAGACUGGAGAACAAUGGAUAUCAUAGAGACUGCAAAACUUGAAGAACAUAUGGAAAAUCAAACCAACGAUCCUACCAACACCUACACCAGACCCACUGAACCUGCUGAAGAAGAAAACAAAAAUGGCAACGGUAAAGCCAAGAGCUUAUCCAAUGGGCUGCGGAAGGGCACCAAGAAAUACCCAGACUAUAUCCAAAUUGCCAUGCCCACUGAAUCUAGGAACAAGUUUCCCCUAGAAUGGUGGAAAACGGGCAUUGCCUUUGUAUACGCACUCUUCAACCUCGUCUUGACGACCGUCAUGAUCACAGUCGUGCACGAGAGGGUCCCUCCCAAGGAGCUCAGCCCUCCGCUCCCAGACAAGUUUUUUGAUUACAUUGAUCGGGUGAAAUGGGCAUUUUCUGUAUCAGAAAUAAAUGGGAUUAUAUUAGUUGGAUUAUGGAUCACCCAGUGGCUGUUUCUAAGAUACAAGUCCAUAGUGGGGCGCAGAUUCUUUUUUAUCAUUGGAACUUUGUACCUGUAUCGCUGUAUUACCAUGUACGUUACUACUCUCCCUGUGCCUGGAAUGCAUUUCCAGUGUGCUCCAAAGCUCAAUGGAGACUCUCAGGCAAAAAUACAGCGGAUUCUUCGGUUGAUUUCCGGUGGUGGAUUGUCCAUUACUGGAUCACAUAUCUUGUGUGGAGACUUCCUCUUCAGCGGCCACACAGUCGUGCUGACACUGACUUAUUUGUUCAUCAAGGAAUAUUCGCCUCGUCACUUCUGGUGGUAUCAUUUACUCUGCUGGCUGCUGAGUGCUGCCGGGAUCAUCUGCAUUCUUGUAGCACACGAACACUAUACUGUCGAUGUGAUCAUUGCUUAUUAUAUCACAACGCGGCUGUUUUGGUGGUACCAUUCAAUGGCCAAUGAAAAGAACUUGAAGGUCUCUUCGCAGACCAAUUUCUUGUCUCGAGCCUGGUGGUUCCCCAUCUUCUAUUUUUUUGAGAAAAAUGUCCAAGGCUCCAUUCCUUGCUGCUUCUCCUGGCCACUCUCUUGGCCUCCUGGCUGCUUCAAAUCAUCGUGCAAAAAGUAUUCACGGGUUCAGAAGAUUGGGGAAGAUAAUGAAAAGUCUACCUGAGGAGGAAGGCAAAGGCAUCGGCCCUUCUACCCAAAGAGGGAACGCUAUAACCAAAGGUAUAGUUUUGAUUUUUUUAUUCCAGGAGAACUGACUGGGAAAUGAAGAAGUGGACCAAAUUCUGUGUAAAUGACUAGCAAGAUGAACGAAGUAUUACCCUUUGACUGGUUUUUCCUAUUCAUCCUAAGAACGAUGCAUUCUCCUGCAGCUCUUCAUUCGCUGGCGACAAGCCCUCAAACUUGGAUUUUACUAGUGAGCUUGUUAAAGAGGUGCCAAAGAACAUAUUUCUCCUUUCCUUAUUCUUUCUCCACUACAUCCUCUACUGCAGAAUUUUAUCAGGAUUUUUUUUUCCUCCCAAGGUCAGAAGAAUUUGUUAAUGUUUUAAAUAAAAUAUCUGGAUAUAUACAGCCAGUGUAUAAACAGAAUUAACCUAAUGUUGAGUGGUUUUUGACAUCAGGCUUAGUGAUAAGUUGGCAGUUGGUCAACUUUGGGUGUUGUUUCUAUGCUGUCAAGUGGGAAAGAUGGGGGUCAGGUCCAGGAAUGCGCACCUGCUGCUACCACCCAAUGCACUAGGUAUCACUUUUAUGUUUUUGAAUCAGUAAUUUUAUUUAAAAAGAAAAAAAGUGUGUGUGGGGCUGCUGUAAUCCAAGUAAAUACGAAAGCAGUUGACAUGCCCAACAGAUUUUACACAUGUGUAAAUAUCUCACUUUAAAAUCUCUGACAGAUACACAGGAAGCAUGGGGCUGCUUCUGCUAAUGAGUGGUCCUUGCGUACACACUGAGGUGCUGUCUGCUUGGUCAGUUUGCAGCUGGUACCCCAGGGCUGUCGACUGCUCCAGCACAUGCUGAACACAUACCCGUGUGAGCUGCUGUUCCCGCCACUUGAGGGACAAGCCCGUGUUCCCUCUCCAAGUCAGGCCCUGCUGUCAGAUCUGAUUUUAAGUCCUCUCAUUGGAACCCAGACACACAUUUGGUCACACUUCAUUGAAAAUGAUUUCUUGCUAGUUACGUUGUGCUUUAUGGAAAACCAAGACGGAACGGAGCCUGAAAGCUUACUGGAUCCUUGCCUUUCCGCAAGAGACUCAGCUUCUCCUAGUUGGGUCCCAAGGACAUACAUCACAACGGAGCACUUUUACCCUGUGAAAAUUAAAACAUGGUGCUGCACUACAAUACACUGUUGGGAUCAGUGCAUUCGACGUUGUACUGCCCAGUGGAGGGGGAUGAUUGUUUCUAAAUUUCUUUGAGGUGAUGCAAAGAAGAUGGAUUUUUCCUAAUGUGGUCGGAAGGGAAGCGAUUACAUUGAUAUCGAAGGUGAAACUUUCCCUUCACGUAGCAUGAAAUUCCAAAUUUAUCAUUAUAAACUAGUCAGCUUCAAUUACAUAAAAUUGACCUUGAAAUUGCUUGAGAAAAGCACAAUGCAAAUUUGCUAAAGAGUCCUCAUCUUUGGUGCUAAAAUUCUGUGCAUGUUUCCAGAAUGGCUCUCUAUCUGUGUACUGGAAGAAUCACUAAUGGAAAGACAGUGGAGUUCAAGGGCAGGAAGAAAGACUCUAAUCUGGUUGUCUUAAACAGAAUCAAAACCCUAAACAUCUUGGGCAGGCUUUGAAAUACAAAGAUUUUUCUGCUAUUUCUUAUUAAAUAAAGCAGUACAAACAUCUAGUUUACCUGAUGUUUUUAGACAAAAUUCUAUGCAAUUUUUGCUUAUGUUCAUUUAUUAAAUUUUGACACGGGGUAGAACAAGGUGUCCUCAAAAACACUGGUUUUCAAUUCCUGUUGUCUGAUUAUGAGGAAAAUCAUCUGAUACUGAAUCUUGGUGUUUUUUUUUUCUCCAAACGUGGUAUAUUGUUCUUGAGCCUCUAAUUCAAAUCAAACAAUCUGAUAUGCCUUAGAGCCUUAUUUAGCUGUGUCUUGGAAUAAACCACUUUUCUUAAAUUGAAUAAGGAAAAGUGUUUAAGCUUUAAAAAUCAUUGUGUAUUGAUUGCUGAACAUCUUGAAACAGUAAGCCUUGCAUUUUAGGCAACUCAUCCUGUUUUUAAAAAACAAGACCAUCACCUUCUAAAGAACUUUACAAACACUGGUGAUCCCAGUUGUGUGGACACUACACGUCCCUGUCUUCUUCCAAGUGUCACAGCGCUCUGGUAAAAUGCUGAGUUGAGCAUGUGGCUUGAAGACACCAACGUUUCAAGGUGGGGAAAAUAAGAGAUACAGUGAAACUCAUUUGUAGCUAGGAAAGUAACUUGACAUUUAACCCAAAAUGUCAGUUUGGCUUACAAAACAUAAAUAAUUAUGAUCUUGCCUUUGAAACAGUCCAUCCUUGGAGCCCCUUUACCAGUUAAGAUACAGAUCUGUCCUAUGGCAUUGAUUUUUGUAGGCCUGUGCUCCUGUUUGAAGCUUUACCUGUAAUUUUUGUCCUGUGAAAUACACAAACCGUAAAAUGAUUCCACCUUUUUUCCUGAGUUCUUUCAAAUAGAAAUGAAGUUCUCUGGUUCUCAGUUUUGAGCUCCUCUUCUAGUUCUGAAAAUAAAGCUUUCAUUCCCAGUUUGACCUGAAUUAGUUGUGAAUUCGUUUUCUAAUUUACUGCUGUCUUGGGAAACAAGUUUUGCUGUGGAAGGAAGGCUGUUUUGAUAGGGAGCUUAGAGUCUCCAGUCUUAUAGUGCAUUAAGGGUUCUUGGUUAUAUUACCAGUGCCCCCUUGUGGCGAUAUAUUAUAUUACUUGGAACACAACUGGCACUUUUCUCAAAGGUGUAUUUUCAAAUUUUUUUAAGGCAUUUGUUUUUCAUUUUCUCCAAUAAUCUGAAAGAACCAUAUGAAAGGAAUUAUUUUAAAGGUCCUUCAGGCAUUUCCCAAGGGCAAAUGUGAUCAGAUUAUUGGGAGUUCCAAAUCUAAUCUUGUAUGCAUUAUAUCAAAGAGAAUUUGCAAAUUACCUCUCACUAUCACAAUCAUUACUGUCUCCUUUUAUAACCACCUCCACUUGUUUACUUUGAACACCAAGUUUUAUGUUCUUUUUAUUUACAUGCUAGGACUUGUGCAGUUUUUUUUUAAUUAAAGUUCACAUCUUGUUCUUUGAAUAUUUUAGACAUUUCUUUGCUGACUCAUAUUUUGUUGUUUUUGUUUUGUACUGUAAAACUGAAUACAAAUUUAAGCCGGUCUUAACACACUCACCUCUGUAGUGUAACAAAGUGUGAGAAGGAAUUUCUUAAUAAAUGUGUUUACAUGUUUAAAUCAUGCAUCUUGUAAGUUAUAUGCCAUGUGUUGAAGAAUUUUUUUCUACUUGUAUGUAUAAAGAUUCCUGGUAUUUUUGUUGUUAAUGUCAUUACGUUGAAAUAUUUAACUCCUUUGAGUCAGUUGCUAAAAAUAUUUUUUCUAGUAAGAAGAGCUCUUGACUUGUGUUACCCAAACACUGAAAGUCAUGUCGAAGGUACCCAAAGAUAAGUUUUUAUACAGACAGACCACCUUAUAAGUUAGUUCUGAUUUAUUUUAUUACUCAUUAUUCUAACUAUGCUGUGUUCUAAGCAAAUCUUGAAUGAGAAGAGUGCUUUAUUCUGGAAUUAUUUCUUCAAAAGAAAAAAAAGACUAUAAAAUAAGCUAAUCUAGUUGCCAAGUUGGAAUUCAUUAUUUAAUUUACCUCCUAUGCAAUGACCGAUGCUGCAAAAUGUAUGGUUAUGUUACAGUAUAUUCACAAAAGAGAUAUGACUACAAGAUUGGAGAGAGGUAGCCAGUUGUAUUCUUUUGGAGAUUUACUGUACUGUUAAAUGUGUUAAGUGCCUUGUUGUAAAGUAAAAUUUUAAGUCUAGAAUUCAUUAUUUUCCUGACAUAUAUUUUUCAUUAUGAUAUCUACUGUAUGCUAUUGGAAUAGUUUUAUUAAAUGCUUACAUUUUAAUCAAAUGUAUAAAUUCAGAGGCUCUUUUCUCCUACCCACCAGUACCUUGAUCAUCACUCUGUUAUAUGGGAUUUAAAUUCAGGUUCUUUUUUUUUUUUAAAGAGGAAAUUACUAUCUUUGUUUAGAAAUGUUUUCCAUGCUUAUGCUUUUGUGUUUGUAAAAAAAAAAUUUUUCAGGAAGUAUUUAGGAGUGUAACUAUAGAUUAUACUUCUAAAAUGCCAUUUUACAUUUACAUUUUAAGUGCCUAAUUGUUAGUUUAAACUAAUUUAUGUUUUUAUUCUAAAAAGGAUAUGUGUACUUGGUUUCUAAUUUCUUUGGUUUUGCUUUUAAAAAAAUGCAAGAGUUUAAACUUUGUAUCUACCCAAUAAACUACAGUACAUCAACA